UGUCUGACUGUUCUAACGUCUUCAGAUGAGAUGCAGGACACUGUUGAGGAAACUCAGUAACCAGUGGUAUGUGGUCAAAUGCUUCAGAUUCACCACGUUGCUCUGAACCACAGUGGAGAAGCAGAGAAUAAAGACUUACAGUAAAAAUUAUCUAAGAAACCAGGAGAAGAAGGAGCUGAUUAAUGUAUAAUGGAGCAGUUACAUUGAUCACAUAUGUUUCCAUUUCUUGGCCUGCUCAGUAGGAAGAGCUGGGAAGAAGCUGGUUUGAUCUCCCAAAUGCCGAGAAAUCAUCUCAUUGUAACAAUUGUGACAGAUCACCAAUAAAAAAGAAUUCAUCAAUUAAUUAGUAAAACGUAAUAAUCACUGUCUGAUUUCAGCGGAAUCUGAAAAACAGAUGAUUGUACCAAUAUAUGUAUGUUUACUGUUUAUUGAUGUGAUGCAGUAGCAAAGUAAAUCCAGAUCUCCUGUAAGUUCUUGAAGGAAAGUAAAUGUGAAAGUGAAACCACAGCCGUCAGCGCUUCACUGAACCUUUGACUGCGUCUCAGCACAAAUGAUAAGGUUUCAGUUCAUGUAAAGCUGCUCAUCACCAGGACUGCGAUGGCUUUUUCCACCUUUGCUCAUGUGUGAAUGUGCUUGAAUGAACAGUUGCAGGAAGCUGAUGCUUUACUCGUCAGUACAAAUGUAAAGCAGUGACAGCUGUAGGAUGCGUGUGGUAAUAAACAUUAUGUUUCUGGAUGGGAGCUCCUUCUGUGAUGGGUAUUGGUCCAUCAUGACCCGUCCCAUCUUAACUAUGGAGUCAGUUUUAUUCCGCAUCUAAAGCCACUAAUCUGCUUUGGUCUGAAUUCACCCGCCGUCCUCUUCUUAUGCUGUGUUACGGACCUUCCAGGUCCCACGGGAUGCAGAGCAGCAGAUGAUGCUGCGACGCGGAGCUUGUGGCGCCACCUGCUGGCUUCACUCUGCAUGUGUCACUGAAGUCAGAUAAAUGAGUAAAGCUGUAGAUGAGCAGGCUGAUUUAAAGCUACAGGUCAGAGCAGUUUCUACCAAGAAACGGACUGAAGCACGUUUGCUUCAAGCUGAGCUUUGGAUUGUGUGACUCAGAAGCAGAAAGUGAGCUGCUGCUGCUGCUCGUCUGCGCCAACAGGACAGGAUGCUGGAAAGUGCAAGUGAAACACUUUCCCGGAGGAAACUGCGACAUAAGGCUUGGCUUGUUUCACCUCCAUUAACAGUUUAUUAAGGAGCAACAACAGAAACUGAAGAUGCUGUCAUGGAUGUUGGGCAAACAGGUGGGAUCCUCAGAACCUCCUCCUCCUCCUCCACUUUUUGAAGAACCGUGGAGGAAAAUAAAGUGGACAGAGCGGCCAGCAGCUCUGCAGUACGUGAACAACUACACGCCUUUUGCUGAGGCCCAGCAGCUCAGGAUCCUGCUCCACGGCGCAGCCGGUUCUGGGAAGUCCAGCUUCAUCGACUCGGUGCAGAGCACGCUGAGGGGCAGGAUGUGUGUGGAGGCUCUGGUGGACAAUCACUCUGAGUAUUGUUUCACCAAACAGGUGAGAGGAUUACAAAACCUACAGGAUCCAGCGAGGACGUCCCGACGCCUUCUACCCUUUCGUCUUCAACGACGUCAUGGGCCUCAGCGCCGACACAUCAAACUGUGUCUGAGGGGACGCGUGAAGGACAGUUACAGGUUCAACCCAGAAUCCAAACUGUGUCAGGGCGAUCGGUUCCACAACGAAGCUCCCGCCGACAACGACAAGGUUCACGUGCUGGUUUGUGUCAUCGCCGCCAACACGCCGCCGUCCUUGAGCGACGCCGUCAAGAGGAAGAUCCGGGACAUCAGGCUGGAGGCCAGUGGGCUGGGCAUUCCUCAGGUGGCCGUUCUCACCAAGGUGGACGAGGCCUGUCCUGAGGUGCAGCGAGACCUGAGGAACGUCUACAGGAGCAGACGUCUGAAAAAGAAGAUGGAGCAGCUCAGCGCCGACUCUGGCAUCCCCAUGAACUGCAUCUUCCCUGUCAAGAACUACCACGAGGAGAUCGACCUGAGCGACGACAUGGACGCGCUGAUCCUCAGCGUCCUCACAAGCAUCAUCCACUUUGGAGACGACUGCAUCAACAGAGCAGCCACAAACGCAGCAGCGCAGCGCUAG